AUGGAUGCUCAUUCACGAGAUGAGAAUGUGGCCACCUUCCGGGGCUCCGAGUACCUGUGCUACGACCUGUCUCAGAACCCGAUCCAGAGCAGCAGCGACGAGAUCACCCUUUCCUUUAAGACGUGGCAGCGUAAUGGGCUCAUCCUGCACACGGGCAAAUCGGCUGACUAUGUCAACCUGGCGCUGAAAGAUGGUGCGGUCUCCUUAGUCAUUAACCUCGGGUCAGGGGCCUUUGAGGCCAUUGUGGAACCCGUGAAUGGCAAGUUCAAUGACAACGCCUGGCACGAUGUCAAAGUGACCCGCAACCUUCGGCAGGUGACAAUUUCAGUGGACGGAAUCCUCACCACAACAGGCUAUACACAAGAGGACUACACGAUGCUGGGCUCAGAUGACUUCUUUUAUGUGGGAGGGAGCCCGAGUACUGCCGACCUACCAGGCUCACCUGUCAGCAACAACUUCAUGGGCUGCCUCAAAGAGAUUCUGUGUUAA